AUGGUUAUUUUUGUAAUUCAGCAUAGCAAUUCAGAGGUUCCAACCAAACAACAUGUUAAAAAUUCAGAUCUUAAAAAUUCAGACCCUCUUAGAAAUUCAGAUCUUAAAGAUCUAGAUCUUACCAAGCAGCUCCUUAGUCAAUCAAAUACAACGUCUUUGUCCGUCUCCUUGGCCACUCCACAUCCAACCCACCAGCCUACAGGGCACUGUUCACUAGUGGAAGUUCACCUAUACUACCACCGGCAUCCACCACCCCCCUUUGCCACCCCACUUCUACCUUCUAUCGGGAAGAGAAACCCUAAACCUAUCCCACCGCCACCGUCAACGCCAACGUCACACACCGUUCACAGCUUUGGAUCUAACGUAGAGUCAUCGAACCGAAGUUUGUUUUUUGUUUCUUCCUUACAAACGAUGUUGCUUUCUCAAAGAUUUUAUGGCAGGACCAUUGAAGGCAGUCUUAUUGGAAAACGAGUGAAAAAGGCUGCCGAUGUUAAGGUAUUAUGUGUUUUGGCGAGCAUUGUUGAUGUUAAUCAUGUUUCUUCGUCUUCCUUCAUCAUUUGGGAAUUUUAUGAAAUGAGGAAAUGGAUGAUGAUAUUAACCAAUCUGUUUAAGAUCUCUAUUAAAACAUUGUACUUUCAUCGAUGUCUUUGUGUCCUACCAUCUUUUCACGGUUGGCUGUCUCAAAUAUCCGGCUUAAACAACGUAAUAUUUCUCCAAGUGACCAAGCAAGUUGUUUUAUGUUUAAAAAGGAAAAAAGGUUGGUCUUGUGGGCACUCUGCAUAUCAUCAUAGUGAAACAAGUCUUUUGGGUACCAUCAUUGGCAUGGCCCAAAACUUUGUGGACACCCAUCACAGAGCACAAUUCGACAACUGCAUCAUUGCAUUGCAUUCCGUGACACACGAAUUCAGAAUCAUGAACGGUCACAUUUAUGUUGAUGCAUUUUCAUUGCUACUGAACUUCCAUUUGUGGUAUAUUUUGACACCCGUUCGUGUGAAUUUCAUUUGGAGAGACGUAAAAGCAAACAAACUCUUCAUUAUCCUCAUUGAUCAAAAUAGAGAAAAAUUGGUAGCAGUUGUUCCACAACAAAUGAUGCGUUUUAUUUAUGGAGGGAAUCUAUUGGGUGGUGUGUUCUCUUUAAACCAUUUCCAAAUCGAACCAACCUAUGCUGAGUAUCCGAGAGGAUCGGACAGAGAGAAAAAUGAUGAUCGGUAUUGUUGGAAAAAUCGUCAAAGGCAAGCGAAAAUAUUCCCGUUACUUUGGUUUAAUGCCGUUAACUUCGUUCACUUUAUAUCUCCAAGACGGCCCGGAGAGUAUAAUAAAGUUGAAACUAUAUGUAACUACACAAACACGCCAUCAGAUUGUGAGGACUUGCUAUGCAAUAAAGAGAAACUAUAUAAUAUUUGUUUCUCGGGUAAAAUUGGUUCAUUUGGAUACAAUGAACAUUUUGAUACCAACCGAAUUAACCGACGUAGAGUUCCAGUCGAGGAUGCCGGAAGCAUUUAACAUCAUGAAUAUGCCUAGAAGAAUUUUUGAUUCCGUGUGACACAUUUAGUGGUGUUUUUUUUUUUUUUGAAGUUUUGAGAAUUUUUACGAGUGCGUUUUCUUUUAGAGUUGAUCUACAUUAAUGUUAGACAUAUUGUGGUGAAUUUUUUCAUGUACGG